AUGAAGGUUAACAUGCAGUUCUUUGUUUCUGCCGUAGUUUUGUUUUUAGUUUUCAUAGAAUGUCAAGGAAUUGUUGUUCCACUAGGCGUUAAUACUCCAUUACUUGAUUCCACUGCUUAUGGAUCAAAGCUUGUUAUUGAACACUCUGAUUCGGUUGUCUUAAAUGCUCCAACUAUUCCAUUUGCAAAUCAUAAUUACUGUGCUCCUCUAAUAGUAGCAUUGCCAUUUGUGAACACAAGACCUGACAUAUCUACAAGCGUUUCGAUUUUGGCACAGAAGGUCAGUCAACCCAAACAAAACGAUUGGAAUGAGCUCAAACGGAUAGUUAAAUAUCUCAAGGGCACAUCAAAGGUAAAGUUGUUACUGAGUGAAACCGAAAACAACAAAGAUCGUCUUUUUCACGGUUAUGCGGAUGCGAAUUGGGCCGAGGAUAGAGUCAACCGAAAAGCCAACAGUGGCUACUUAUUUAAGCUAAACGGUGGUGUAGUGAGCUGGUCAUGUCGUAAACAAACUUGCGUAGCACUUUCGUCUACUGAAGCCGAGUUAAUUGCAUUAUCAGAGGCGUGUCAAGAAGCAUCAUGGAUUAGACGUUUGUUGAUAGAAAUGCAGCAUAAUAUCAGUGGUCCAACGACUAUAUACGAAGACAACCAAAGCUGCUUGAAAUUGAUACAAGAAGAACAAUUUUUCGAAUAG